AUGCCUCUUCCGCCGGCGACGAGGACGACGCUGGCGCAGCGGGAGGUGGAGUCGACCCUUUUGCGGUUCCUGCGGCAAUACCACCCGGCGGUGCAGGAGCACUGGGGGAUGCCUUGCGAGGCCGCGGAGGCCACCGAGGAGACGCGCAGGGACGGUACGACCUGUCCGCCUCUGCUUCGGGAGCUGCACAACAACUACGUGCAUGGCCCUUUCCUGUGGCUGCCGGAGUCGAUGCAGGGACUCUACAGUGGCCAGCCGUGGAUUGCGUAUUGGGCCCUGCAAGCCGCGGACCUGCUUGAUAUUACAGACAAACUCUACGAAUGCGUCUCCCCCGAUGCCAUUGGCGAAUUUAUCCUUGGCUGCCUAAAGGAGGCGGUGGCGGGCGAUGAAGCGAGUAGUGCCGAUGACGGGAGCAGGUAUCCGCCGAUUGUGGAGGAGCGGCAUGACUCGGUGUUACCAAGCCAACCCGCGAACCUCCUUGACGUUGGUAGCGAUGAUGGAAAGCGUCUUGUGGGAUUUGCAGGUGGACGGGACGCGCAGGUGCCGCACCUGGCUGUGUCGUACGCCGCAUCCUGCUCGCUUUGCAUAUUGGCAAAGACUGAGUACCUGCAUGCUCUUCCCCGUGCUGCCAUUAAGCGCUGGAUGCUCUCUUUACGCUGCAAGGACGGCAGCUUCUGCAUGCAUAUUGGGGGCGAGGCAGACCUGCGUGCGUCGUACAGUGUGGCCGUCAUCGCGACGCUGUUUCAGCUUGAUGAGGUUGUCGCGUACAGUGACGGGCGGGACGAAAGUUUAAUCACAGAGCAAACGGCCGCCUUUGUGGCGUCCUGCCAGACGCAGGAAGGAGGCUUUGCGUGCGGGCUGCACGGAACGGAGGCGCACGGGGCCUACACGCAGUGUGGCCUUGGCGCCUUGAUAUUGAUGCGGCACCCGCACCUCUGCAAAUACGCGGCCCUGCGGCGGUGGUUGGCGGCGCGGCAGAUGAGCUUCGAGGGCGGCUUCAACGGAAGGACCAACAAACUCGUGGACUCGUGCUACUCGCACUGGGUGGGGGCGUCCCACAUGCUGCUGCGGGUGGGGGAGGCGUACGCGCGGCUCCUGCAGCAGGCGGGGGCGGCACGGUGUCUGACGGCGCGCGAGGCCCUCCUGCUCGAUCACGCGCAGCUCAUCGACGUGACGCUUACGCGGCCGAUGGACGACGACGCCUGGCGCCAGGCGGAGGAGGCGCACCGGCGCCGCGCCACACACGUGCAGGCGUACCUCCACGCCCCGCCCGCCUCCGCCUCCGCCUCAACUCCGCCGGCCCAGGCGUUCCUCGACGAAGACGUGGGGGAUUUGCUCUUCAAUCAACGGCGUCUGCAGCUCUACGUGCUCGCCUGCUGCCAGGAUGAGGAGCUGGGGGGGCUAAUGGACAAGCCGGGCUGCCCGAACGACGCCUACCACACCUGCUACUCCCUCUCCGGGGUGAGUACGGCGCAGAACCUGCAGUACCUGCCGCGCCCCUGCGCCAGCGACGGGUUCAUGUACGCCACAGCGGUGCGUCGCGGUUACAUCCCCACCGAGCGCGACGACUACGGCAUCGUGCUCGCAUCCCGCAACGGCGGCGGCGUUGGGGGCUGCUACAGAAGCCAGGAGCGACUCCCUUCACUAAACCCGAUUUUCAACCUCCGCCAGGGCCGAGUCCUGGCCGCGCUGCGUGCGUGGGGU